AAUCACCCACGGACCCUGACUUUAGGGGUACCUUACGCUAAACCCCCUGAUAAAAAAAAACGAUCAGUAAACCCCCUAUUCUUUGUGACGGCUGCACGUAAACCCCCUGAGCCCAUUUCUCGCCGAUAUUUUGGCAAAAUGAUGACGUGGCACGAUAUAUUCACUGACGGCUCUGCAAGCCACUCUGCAUGCAUGUCAGACAUGUGUAAGAAUGUGUAAGGCUGUGUAAGGUUGUGUCGGUUGACUUUUUUCAAAAAAAAAAAAAAAAAAAAAAUCAUUUUUACCGCUCGGUUAAAAAUCACUUUCUCUCUCUAACAUUUUUAACUUUUCCCUCUUCUUCUCCCUUAGUUUAUUUGAUUUUAUUUCUGUCCCAAAAAAAAACGUCCUUUCUGUUCUUUUCGUGUACCUACUUCGUUUCUUCUUCGCCUUGAUCGUUUCUUCGUCGCCUUCUUAGUUUCCUGUUAGGGUUUGGUUUCUUGAUCGUCUUCUUGGGUUUUCUUCGUUUCUUAGCAACUGGGUGUAAAGGGAAAAAAUGGGGAAAAGAAAACGAGAGCGAAGGGAGCGGGAAAGGCAAAGUGAAAGAGACAAGAGAUGGGAAAAAGGGUCAAAUAGUCGAGAUAACCCUUUACAACUCCAUGAUACUGAUAGUGAAAGCAGUCAAGAAGUAGUCGAAGUUUCACCAGGAGGGGGCAAAUUAUUCCAGAUUAAUUUACAUCACCAUGGGGAUCUUGGUGACUUGGCCUAUUAUGGUGGGGAAGUUCAAAGAAGGAUAUACCAUAUUGGUGAGAUUGAAAUGUCCAACCUUGACACAUGGUGUAGGAGGCUAUACGGCGGAAAAGCCAUUGUUGAUUACCAUUGGUGUCCGAAGGGAAUCGAAUACCGGGAUGGGAUAAAGGCGAUAAACCAUGAACAAGAUUUCAGGGAAAUGGCUGUGACAGGAUUAAAGGCAGGGUCUGUUGAGGUAUACGUAAGGGAGUAUUCUGUCAAGGACAUUAAAGAGUUACAUGAAAAGAUUAAGCUUGACUUGGAGCCUCCUCCUCUCCCCCCUAGUACUGUUGUUAUUGAGGAGCUUGUGGACCCGGAGGCUGGGCCAGGGGUAGAGGUGAAUAUACCAGUUCAAGAUCAGGGGCCACCUGUGAUUUUACCAGAAAUUGAGGGGGUUUUGUUGAUUGAGUGGCACGGCAACAAUGUGCAGGCACCAGUUAUAGAUGCAUUAGAGCCGGAGGAUGCAGUAGCGGGGCUGGAAGAGGGUGUGCAGGCUGCAGUUGUAUAUGUGGUGCAAGAGGGGCUGGAUGAGGUUCAGGAGGGGCUGGAUGAGGUUCAGGAGGGGCUGGAUGAGGCGCAGGAGGGGCUGGCAGAGGGUUUAAAUUUAAAUGAACAUGAAGAAGUGGUUGGGACAGAGAAAGAGUCUGAGGCCAGAUUGGAAGAGGUUACUGAAGAGGGGGAGGUGCCAGAAGGGGGGCCAGAUUGUCCCCCUUCAACUCUAGAGAGGAUGGCACAGGGUCUAUUUGAUCAUAUGGCUGAGGAGCUAGAGGGCAUGGAGGGGCUGUUUGAUGACGAUGACCAAAAUGAGGUUCAAGCAGAGGAACACUCCGGUCAAAGGGGGAAGAAUGAGGGUGAGAAGCCAACUCUUGACGACGUCGAGCUAAAUGUCGAAGAUUACAUCGUCGACCCAGACUACGACAUAUGGGACGACGAUGACGAUUUGAUAACGGAGCUUAGAUCGACGGGCCAAUAUUUUGAAGAGGGACCAGAUGCCCAACAUGAGGAUGAUGUAGAUGUUGGAUCUUCACAGAGAUCUGGUGGGAGACCAAGGGGAGAGAGUCAGGCAGAAUUUCGCCCGGGGGGCGUUGAUAGAACUAUACAUCCAGAAGCUGACGAGCAGGAGGAGGAGGUAGACUCGGACUACAUUGCUUCAGAUGAUAACAACACGGCUUCCGAGUCUGACGGUGACGGUCGGGUGAAGUUCAGGAUGUUCAACGAGGAGAAAGAGAUGGAAAAUCCAACCUUCAAGAAUGGAUUGCAAUUUGUGAACAGAGAGCAAUUCAAGAAAGCAUGUAGGCAGUGGGGCAUCAAACACAGGUAUCAACUGCAUUUUCCUGUCAACGAGAAGACCCGUGUCAGGGCUAAGUGCUUUGACAAGAGUGACAAUGUACCUAAGUGUCGGUUUGAAAUAUUUGCAUCCAAGCAAAACAUGUCAGAUCCGGAUGAUGAAACAUUCCUAGUGAAGACCCUGAACUUGGUACACACUUGCCCGAAGAGAAGAUCGAAUUUCCACAUGACCAGUGCCUAUCUGGCUGAGAGUUUCUUGGAGGAGUUUAGGGCCAAUCCAGAUUACAACCCUGAGCAGUUUGUUGCUAAGAUUGCACGGGAGCUGAAGCAGAAGAUCAGUGUGCAGACGGCACGAAGAGCACGACUCAGGGCUGUAAGAAAAUUGGAGGGGGAUGAGGAUGGGCAGUAUGCUAAGUUGUAUGACUACCGAAGGGAGGUCCUUCGAACCAAUCCGGGGAGCACAGUGGAUUUUAAAGAGCCUCGAGGAAAGUUUGCGGGUAUGUACAUGUGCUUGGCUGGAAUGAAGAAUGCCUUCCGGAAUGGGCUGAGGCAGAUCGUUUGUCUGGACGGUUGCUGGUUGAAGGGGAAGUAUGGGGGUCAGUUGCUAUCUGCAACUGGGAUUGACCCCAAUGAUUGCAUGUAUCCUCUGGCUAUGGCAUGGGUGAAGGUUGAGAAUACUGAAAACUGGAUGUGGUUUUUGGAGCUAUUGAAGGCUGAUUUGCAUCUGGGCAACAGGACAACCUUCAUGUCAGACAAACAGAAGGGCCUCAUACAUGCACUGGACGCGCUUUUUCCACAUUCAGAGCACAGGUAUUGCUGGAGGCAUCUGUGGGCAAAUUUCAGAACCACCUUCCACUUGCAACAUUUAAAGCCGCUUAUAUGGAACAUUGGGAUUGCAACCUACACAUCCAAAUUGAAUGCUGCCAUGAAAGUUUUGGAGAAUACUCAUACGGCGGGCUACAACUGGAUUGAGGAGAGAUCUAGGGAGCAUUGGUCCAGGGCACAUUUCAGGCCGCAAGUCAAGUGUGACAUAUUGCUGAACAAUUUAGCGGAGGCCUGA